AGUACAGAAUCAAAGCCAACAACUACGAGUUGUUUCGAUACAGCACCGACUCCAACUUACCUGUCAAAAUGCUGUUUGUCUCAUCGACAAUCGUUGCCAUGAUAAUGUUAUCAUUAUCACCAUCAGUAUCAUCUUACGCAACCGGAUAUCGGAAGAUCGAACAUACCCGUGCUUCUCCAAGGCGCUUUGAAGACACACUAACACUAGAACCGUACAAUAUGAGGUGUACUUCUAGUAUGGCUUGUGGUUAUGCUGUUUGUGAGUGGAGACAAGACCUCCUAGAUCCGGACGAUACCUGUAACUACCUGUUGAGCACAUGUAGAUGUCCCAACAGACAGGCAUGCGUACCCAACAACCCUUCUCCUUCGUCCUCCGUACCGGCAACAGGUUUUAACGUAUUCGAAUACCACUGCCAAUAGCAACCUGAAAAUCACGUGACGAAGGAAUCAAUCCAAAUUGGAAUGAAAAUGCUCAACAUCGUUGCGUUCAAACAUUCGCUUAAAUCCUAAGGGGAAUGAGGAAAAUAUCAAUUUGUAGAAAGCGUCUGACGUUUUUCUCCAAUAAGUUUGAAUUCUAUAUAUUUCUCAAUGUUGUCUAAUUACGAUUUGAAAUACAUUGUUUUAGAUUGUCUUUGUGAAAUAAAAAAUAUUUUGUAUAUA